CGUCCUGACUCAGAUGGUCCCCCCGACGCCAAAGAUGCGGGUCCUGAGGCCCCCCACCCUCCUCCUGCUGCUCUCGGGGGCGCUGGUCCUGACCCCCAGCUGGGCCGGCCCCCACUCCCUGAGGUAUUUCCACACCAGCGUGUCCCGGCCCGGCCGCGGGGAGCCCCGCUUCCUCGCCGUCGGCUACGUGGACGACACCCAGUUCGUGCGGUUCGACAGCGACGCGGCGAGUCCGAGGGCGGAGCCGCGGGCGCCGUGGAUGCAGCAGCCGUGGGUGGAGCAGGUGUACCCGGGGUAUUGGGACCGGGAGACGCAGAACUUCAAGGCAGCCGCACAGAUUUUCCGAGAUGGACUGCAGACCCUGCGCGGCUACUACAACCAGAGCGAGGACGGGUCUCACACCUACCAGUGCAUGGUUGGCUGCGACUUGGGACCCGAUGGGCGCCUCCUCCGCGGGUAUUGGCAAUACGCCUACGAUGGCGCCGACUACAUCGCCCUGAACGAGGACCUGACCUCCUGGACCGCGGCCGACAAGGCGGCUCAGAUCACCAAGCGCAAGUGGGAGGCGGAGGGUUGGGCAGAGCGUCACAGGAGCUACCUGGAGGGCCUGUGUGUGGAGUCACUGCUCUUGUACCUGGACAAAGGGAAGGAGACCCUGCAGCGCGCAGACCCUCCAAAGGCACACGUGACCCACCACGGCGUCUCUGAGCGUGAGGUCACCCUGAGGUGCUGGGCGCUGGGUUUCUACCCUGCGGACAUCAGGCUGACCUGGCAGCGUGACGGGGAGGACCAGACCCAGGACAUGGAGCUGGUGGAGACCAGGCCUGCGGGGGACGGGACCUUCCAGAAGUGGGCGGCCGUGGGGGUGCCCCCUGGAGAGGAGCAGAGAUACACAUGUCAUGUGGAGCACGAGGGGCUGCCCAAGCCCCUGGCCCUGAGAUGGGAGCCGCCUUCUCACACCUUCAUCAUCAUCAUCAUGGGCAUCGCCGGGGUCCUGGUUCUGCUGGGAGCUGUGGCUGCAGCUGUGAUGUGGGGGAGGAGGCGCUCAGGUGGGAGAGGAGGGAGCUACGCUCAGGCUGCCACGUGAGGCAGCUGCCUUGUGGGGACCGAGUGAUGGAAGAUGUGUUCACGCUUCCACUUCCCGACUCAAGAACCUCUGAUUGGGGGGCUGGCCCAGCCCUGCUCCCCACACUUUCCUGUCAGCAGAGGCGGGGCUGGGCCUUCCCCAUCCCUGCCUUUACUCCCUGGGUCUGUGAGCUGCAACUUCCUGCUCCGUAUUGAAAUGAGACUUUGGAUUGACCUGUUUUUUUAAUUCUUGCCGUGACUGGUGACGGGUAAUUAAAGGACAUCCUUUAUUUAAGUAUUUUCUUAGAGGAAAUAAAUGGAAACACCAAGGAUUCUGCA